UCAGGUUAACUAUAUAAACGGUAUUUUGGAGGAUUCAGGUCAGCCAGAAGAACUUAAGUUUUUCCCAUAGCAUCUGAUUCAAUCUGGUUUCUGUUAGCAAAGAUGAAGCCCAAUAACUUCAUUCUCCUAUUCAUUUCUCUCUUACUGCUCACUGCUUUCAAGGUUUCCAAUGGAAAGGAUCAUGGCGACAAGGGUGGGAAUCAUGAUCAUAAUAAUAAUGGUCAGAAACAUGGUAAUGGACAUAAGGAUGGAAAAAUAAAUAGUUGCCCUCAACUUGAAACAAUUUCAAGGGACAUUACAUGGAGGAGAGUUGCAGCUAACCCUGCCUUGCCAGCCAAACUAUUAAGGAUGCAUUUCCACGAUUGUUUUGUGAGGGGAUGUGAUGCCUCAAUACUGUUGGAUUCAACUGGUGGCACAGAGGCUGAGAAAGAAGCAGUACCAAAUCGAUCGCUAGCAGGAUUUGAUGUCAUCGAUGAAAUAAAAGCUAAAUCAGAAGAAGAAUGCCCUGGACUUGUCUCAUGUGCUGAUAUCCUUGCCUUGGCUGCAAGAGAUGCUGUCGCUUUCCAAUUUCCAAGACCUCUAUGGCCUGUUUCAUUUGGGAGGAAAGAUGGUAGAGUUUCUUUGGCCUCUGAAGCCAAUGCAUCUUUACCAUCCCCAGCAGCAAACUUCGCCACACUCCGACAACAAUUUCAAAGCCAUGGGCUAGACGUUGUUGAUCUUGUUGCUUUGUCAGGGGCUCACACCAUUGGACUAGGACACUGCACAGCAUUUUCGGAUAGGCUUUUCAAUUUUACAGGGAAAGGAGACACAGAUCCUUCACUUGAUCCGGACUACGCAAAUUUCUUGAAACAGAAAUGCUCCAACCCUCCCAGUCCCACUACCACAGUAGAGAUGGACCCUGGAAGCUCACUCUCCUUUGACAGCCAUUACUUUGAAGUUCUAUUCCAGAACAAGGGCCUAUUUCAAUCAGAUGCUGCUUUGCUCACUGACCCAGAAGCAGCUCGACUAAGCAGGACUUUCCAAAAUCCAGGGGCUUUCUUUGCUCGCUUUGCUCAGUCAAUGGUGAAAAUGGGUUCAAUAGGAGUACUUAAGGGAGAACAAGGAGAGAUUAGGAAGAACUGUCACGUCGUUAAUUAAUAAACAAGUGAUGGUAAAUGGUGAU